UAUUUAUUUGAAUACGAAUACCUAUAUGUUUCAGAAGAAACAAAAUUUUGUUUAUUUUUCUAAGAACCUCUGUUAUUUCAGUAAAAUUUUAUAAAAUGUAUCAAGUUUAUUAAUUUAUAAACGUUAUAAUGCAACAACGGGCAAUAGAAAGUAAUGAAAUACGAAUCUACUACUAAUCCUUUAGUUAUCUCAGACCGAAUGAAUUAAAAAAUAUGAAGGCCAGUGCUUGGGUUUCGUUUGUGUUAAAAGUGUUUUAUUUGUUUGUACUUACUGAAACUUCUCGUGUUACGAUACAACAGGAAGAUACAAUACCUGACCAUGGGCGUUGCGAGCCGAUAACUAUUCAAUUUUGUCAGCACAUACGAUAUAAUCAGACAAUCUUUCCAAAUUUACUUAACCAUGCUAAACAAGAAGAUGCUGGCACAGAAGUACACCCGUUUACUCCGCUAAUAAAAGUAAAUUGCUCACCUGAUUUAAAAUUUUUCUUAUGUUCUGUUUAUGUACCUGUGUGCACAAUUUUAGACGAAGCAAUACCACCUUGUCGUCAUUUAUGCGAAUCGGUCAGACAUAAUUGUGAUGAAUUAAUGAUACAUUUUGGAUUUCCUUGGCCUGAAAACUUGGAUUGCUCAAAGUUUCCUGUUGUUACUGAUCCUGGUGUAAUAUGUGUUGGUGACAAUAAUUUAACCCAUGAAACACACAAGCCUACUGAAACUAAGCUUCCUAAAGUAGAUUAUAAAUCUAACAUUGAAAGAGAUCCAACUAAAUUAUAUGGAGCUAAAGAUUAUGGCUUUGUGUGUCCUGUUCAAUUUAAGGUGCCUAGAAACUUAGAACUUGAAUAUUCCUUGAAAGUUGGAGAUAAGAUUGAACAUGACUGUGGAGCGCCCUGCAAUGGAAUGUUUUUCAGCCAAGAUGAGAAACAUUUUUCAAGACUUUGGAUUGGCAUUUGGGCAACUCUUUGUACACUAAGUUGUUUAUUUACUGUACUAACCUUCCUCAUAGAUACUGACAGAUUUCGUUACCCCGAAAGACCUAUAAUAUUCUUAUCUGUUUGCUAUCUUAUGUUAGCUACUGCAUAUGUCAUAGGUUGGAGUGCAGGUGACAAUGUAAGUUGCCAAGGGCCAUUUCCAUCGUCAAUCAGUGGCACAAGAUUACCCAAUAUUUUAGUUAUAACCCAAGGAACAAAACAUGAGCCGUGUACAAUUCUUUUUAUGAUAGUAUACUUCUUUAGUAUGGCAUCAAGUAUAUGGUGGGUAAUACUCACACUUACUUGGUUUUUGGCUGCUGGAUUAAAAUGGGGACAUGAGGCAAUUGAAGCUAAUUCACAGUAUUUCCACUUGGCUGCCUGGGCUGUGCCUGCUAUAAAAACCAUAUCAAUCCUUGCAAUGGGGAAAGUGGAUGGUGAUAUAUUGUCUGGUGUUUGUUACGUCGGGCUGUGGGAUGCUGAAGCUCUAAGAGGAUUUGUAUUAGCACCCUUAUGUGUAUACCUUGUACUUGGUACAAUUUUCUUAAUGGCUGGUUUUGUUUCUCUUUUCCGUAUUAGAACUGUUAUGAAACAUGAUGGGACAAAAACAGAUAAAUUAGAAAAAUUGAUGAUCCGUAUUGGGGUAUUUGGAGUUCUAUAUACUGUACCAGCUUUGAUUGUGAUUGCAUGUUUAUUUUAUGAACAAGCACACUUUGACAACUGGAUGGUAACAUGGCAUAAAGAUAUGUGUGCUACACCAGCCUAUUCCAUACCUUGUCCUUUCACACACCAACAUAUGGAAAGACCUAACUUUGAAAUGUUCAUGAUCAAAUACCUUAUGACAAUGAUAGUUGGCAUUACAUCUAGUUUCUGGAUAUGGUCAGGUAAAACUUUAGUAUCAUGGCGACAAUUUUUUGAUAAAAUUAAAGGUAGAAGAGUUGAAGCAUAUGUGUGAUUUAUGUGUCAUUUUUUUAAUGCAGCUUACUUUACAAUGAAAUUAAUAAUAAGGCUGAUAAUGUAAAUAUUCUGAGUCUCAUUAUUUUUAAGACUACUUUUUUUAUUAUGUUUAUACUAAGUUUUAGAAUGUAAGUAUCAUCAAUGUUAGAUGUAAUAAAAAUGUAUUUUUAAUUUU